CUUCCUGAGAAAGAGAGAGGCAAGUGAGAAAACAUACCAAAAACACAAAUCCAUUUAUGUUUUUCAAAACCUCUUCUCAAAUUCUGUCAUAAAUCAAUAUUCUCAACCUCUUCACGUUUUCCGAGAAAAAUGCAGGAAUCACAAAUGUCUCUUCAAGAUCUUCAAAACGAUACCAACGGCUUUGAUCAGACAGUUACUCAUGAUGAUUUUCUCGAUCAAAUGCUCUCCGGUCUCCAAACCACCGUUUCCUGGCCGGACAUAUCCGCCGCCAACGGUGGAGGUGGUCAAAACAAAUCAACACUCCCCUGGGACGUCGACCAUUUUGACGACCAAUCAGCAUUUCUAUCGUCUAAGCUCCGUCAACACCAGAUCACCGCGGCCGGCGGAGCUCGUACUCCGUCUUCUGCGGCGAAGUCGUUGCAACUGUCAAGAGGUUUAGCCCCCUCCGGUGAAUCCGGCCUCUUUCAGAACGACAACAUCGACGAUUCAUCUUUCAAGUCGCCGAUUGGAGAUAACAAUUCGAUUCAAAAUCUAUUUCAUGGGUUCACCGGAUCUCUCACAUCCAAUCAAACCCAGCCAUUCCGUAAUCUACCAGUGCAGAACUUCGGAUCUCCGGGAGCGGCAGCAGCAGCGGCGGUGAUGAGCCAAGUACAGACCGCAAGUGCAACACCGGGUGGUGGAGCACCGUCGCAGCCACGUCAGAGAGUGAGAGCCAGAAGAGGACAAGCAACUGACCCACACAGCAUAGCCGAAAGAUUACGACGGGAGAGAAUAGCGGAGAGGAUGAAGGCUCUGCAAGAACUCGUCCCGAAUGCCAACAAAACAGACAAGGCUUCAAUGCUAGAUGAGAUCAUAGACUAUGUCAAAUUCCUCCAGCUCCAAGUCAAGGUAUUGAGCAUGAGUAGAUUGGGAGGUGCCGGCGGAGGUAAUGGUGGUGGUGGUGUUGCUCCCAUUGUUGCUGAGAGUGGUGGAGCAGGACGAAGCAGUAAUGGAACGACGUCGUCGUCCAACAAUGAGACCAUGGCGGUGACCGAGAACCAGGUGGUGAAGCUGAUGGAGGAGGAUAUGGGAUCCGCCAUGCAGUAUUUACAAGGAAAAGGUCUUUGCCUCAUGCCGAUUUCAUUGGCCACUGCUAUCUCCACUGCUACUUGCGGCACUCGGAGCAACCACCCGUUAGGCGGCGGCGGUGGUGGAGAAGGUGGUGGCCCGUCGUCUCCUAAUAUGUCUGUGUUAACAGUUCAGUCGGCGAACGGCGCCUCUGUGAAAGACUCGCCGUAACACUUGUCUUCCGACCACUGACCUUUAAUUUCCUUUAAAAGAACAAAAGAACUUUGUCAGUUUUAUCUCAUGCAACAGUCUGACAAGUGUAACAAACACGCGAGUUGUUUUGAAAUUAGUUGUAACCAGUGUCCCAAUGUUUUAUGGAUGCCGUUGUGUUAUGUC